ACAGUUUCGUUAUUGAAACCUAAAAACCAAGCUGAAAAGUAAGCAAGAAAUUCAGACAAAUGGGAAGCAACCAAGCAGCUGUCUCUUUCUUGAACAACCUCGCACGCGCCGCCUUCGGCCUAGGCGCCGCCGCCAGUGUCCUCAACGCUUCCAUGUACACCGUCGACGGUGGCCAAAGGGCUGUGAUAUUCGACCGUCUCAGGGGAGUAUUGGAUAAAACCGCCGAUGAAGGAACCCACUUCUUGAUCCCAUGGCUCCAGAAGCCUUUCAUCUAUGAUAUCCGCAUGAAGCCUCAUACUUUCUCAUCUGUUUCUGGAACUAAGGAUCUCCAAAUGGUUAAUCUCACCCUUCGAGUUCUUUCUAAACCCAAGGUGGAGAAACUUCCUGAAAUCUAUCAACACCUUGGUCUAGAAUAUGAUGAGAAGGUGCUUCCUUCCAUUGGCAAUGAAGUUUUGAAGGCCGUGGUUGCACAGUUCAAUGCUGAUCAGCUCCUCACUGAGCGUCCCCAAGUGUCGGCCUUGGUCUGUAAUUCGCUAACAGAGCGUGCGAGGGACUUCAACAUUGAGCUAGCUGAUGUUGCUAUCACGCAUUUGUCAUACGGUGCUGAAUUCUCAAGGGCUGUGGAGCAGAAACAGGUGGCACAACAGGAGGCGGAGAGGUCUAAGUACAUUGUGGCGAAAGCUGACCAGGAGAGGAGGGCUGCUAUUAUCCGUGCUGAAGGUGAAAGUGAGGCUGCGAAGUUGAUUUCCGAAGCAACUGCAACUGCUGGUAUGGGGCUGAUUGAACUGAGGAGGAUUGAAGCAUCAAGGGAAAUCUCUGCAACUCUAGCCAGGUCACCAAAUGUUGCAUACCUUCCUGGUGGCCAGAACAUGCUUCUCGCUCUGAACCCAUCGAGGCCUUGACAGUUGCUUGAGUCAUGGUAAUUUUGCAUACCCCAUAAAUGUUGAGUGUGAAUUUGCAGUCAUGGUUGUGUUUCACGUCGGUGCAGCAAACUAUAAGUUGAAUUUAUUGCAGCAAAAGGACACCAUUUCCUUUCUGUUAAAACGUGGAGGUUGCUUUCUAUAUUUGUUACAAUCAAUGCGGAAUUGUCAAA